UGACACAUCACAUCCUCAAACCUCAGCUGUGAUCAUCAUCCCCAGACCCGCCCCGGCCUGGAACCACUCCCUCCCGAGAGCUCACAGCUGCAGCAUCAGAGCCAGAUGUGCCACUGGCAGUAAGGGUCCCAUCCAUGGAGAGGCCCCUCACGGUCUUGCGAGUGAGCCUGCACCACCCCACACAGGGCCCGGCUGCUUUCACCAAUGUCCCACUGCAGCUGCAGCACGACACCAGCCCGCUGCUGGUGGGGCGAGGCCGGGAUGCCCACAUCCAGCUGCGGCUCCCCAACCUCUCCCGCCGACACCUGUCCCUGGAGCCCUACCGGGAGAAGGGCAGCGCUCUGCUGGUCUUCUGCCUCAAGGCCCUGAGCCGCAGGGGCUGUGUAUGGGUCAAUGGGCUGACCCUGAGGUUCCUAGAGCAGGUCCCCCUGAGCACCGUCAACAGGGUCACCUUCGCCGGCAUCCAGAUGGUGGUCCACGUAGAGGGAGGCACGUCCCUGGAGGCCUUUGUCUGCUGCUUCCAUCUCAGCCCCUCGCCCCUGAUUUACAGGCCCCAAGCUGAGGAGACGGACGAAUGGGAGAGCAUCCCCCAGGAGCAGCCUCCCCCAGGUUCAGGAGAGCGAGCGCUGGGUCACCUGGGCUUUCUCCAUGGCCCUUCCCAGAUUCAGGACGACCCUCCUCAGCCAAGCCCUGGAGGAGGAACAGAAAUACAGUUCCAGAGGGAACCCCCAGACAGCCUGCUCUGCUAGCACCACCGGCCGCCAAGGGCAAGCGUCAGCUGAAACAGGCCCUGGAAUAUUCGAGCUCCAUCAUGUGAGGUUGACAAGCGAGGCCUGCCUGGCUAAUAAUGAACCGAUUCUGCAAACACGAAUAGGUUGGGGUGGGGGGGAGCAACCUCCAUGGUUACAGCUAUGCAAGGUAACAGGAACUUCAUAUACUUUUAGAGGCCCUGAGGGGUUCUCCGACCCUCUCUCAGGCUUUCCCCACAUUUCCCCCUCUUGUCUGAGUAGGAGUUACUUUAUGUUGCUAAUUUUGUGUGCUGCUUAAGAGCUGGAGCUUGAGGUUGCCCCAGGAAUGCAUGGACACAUGUAACAAUUACGUUUGUGGUAGCUCCAGGUUACCUUCGACUUUCAAAUACCCACAGGCACUUGAGGCUUAGGGAAGCCUGCAUUUAAUAAACUGCAAGUAUUUCAUUAAGCUGGCAUGCCCAAUAGGAUUCCCUGAUCCCCAGAUGGGCUGCAUGCAUGCCACGUUGUCAUGCAGAGCUGGGGGUGGGAAAUAUGGAAGAGGUGUAAGAGGAAAUUGGAAAGGUGGGGCUCACAUUUCUGGAAAGGACACAGGCAAAGCUCAGGGCUUCCUGAGGAUGGGGAACUGGGGGCUGGGCCUGCCUGGAAAUUCAUUGUCACCAUCAUCCUCUUCAUCUUCACACUAUACCCCUCUCUGUCGUUUCUGGAUCUAAGCUUUGGCUGACCAGAGGGCAAAGGUCUUCAGGGAAAGGUGGCUUCCCAGAGCAGUGGGCUCUUUCAGGACUAAUACUAUGAAACAGUGGGGUGGAGGUGUGUUAGAAUUCAGCCCAGCAGUUCUUUCACUCAGAGGGGGUCAUAUACCAAUGGCCGUGGGGUGGUCUUUCCUGAUAGGAGACUAGGAGGGGACCAGGCAGGCAAGGGUGGGAUAAUUUUCUCGGUGAACAGGGGAGCAGAGCACAAGCAGCCACUCUCCAAGCCAUCCUGGGGGCAUGUGGGAGGCAGAUUUGGGGUGGGCAGUCAGGAGUGGGUCUUAUCCUGUUCUUUACUCCAGAAGGCCCAGUAUUCAGGGUUUGAAGAACGGGAGACACUGUCAGGGCUGGCGAGCAGAAGACGCCAUGCAUGGUGUGGUCUGAUAAAGCCCACCGCUUUGGAACUGCCUUUAUUUUUCACACAGACAUUCUAAAUGCAGCAAUGAUCCCUCCACAGACCAAAGUGUUCCCCAGACUAUGCAUUAGGGUGCAGCAGCCCACAUACAGAACUGAAAAGCCACAGUCUGGAGACCACCUGAACACCAAAGGCUGAAGAGAGGAAGUUGGCUGGUGGCCCCUCAAAGUCCCAGGGUGCAGCUCCCCAACUCCACUAGGGAACCUCUGCCACUGAGGGAGGGUCCUCUCCCCGCCAGGAAGGAACAAACCCAUCCCAGGAGGGAGUCUAUGAGAGGGAGCAGUCUGCCUCCUCCACGGGGGAAUCUGCGACUUGGGGUGAAGUGUCUGUGAGGCCCUCUGGGACCCAGGAUGAAAUGCACUGCAGGCUGAAGGAUGACGGGCCAGAGACAGGACAGGAGGGAGCCAAGACACAGCCAGGUGUUGUUUCAGACUAUCCGCUCACGCAUCUUCUUGGGAAACUCACUGCUUGCCUUGUACCAAGUUUCAAGACAGCGAAGAUCCACUCCACACUAGGGUCCAUUUUUCUUGAGUAGGGAACCAUUUAAAUCACCAGAUCCCUCACACCCACCCCCAUUCUCACCUAGAGGUUGGAAUAAUCAGUUUACUUUCAUGGCCCUGGUCUACACAUUUGAUCUCACCUUCCUUUGCACAGACAUCCUGAGCAGGUCGGUGAAUCCCUCCCAACAAUGUCGUCCGCCUUCUCUCAGCUCCCACACACAGGGAAGCCCACGUGAUUGAGGGGAAGCACAUGCAUACACGUGUGGACACAUACACACAACACACAUGUGCUGUGGUGGCUCCAAGCUGGGGCUCUGCAGUCAGAGUGCUGCCUGGGUUCGAAUUCUCGCUCUACUACUAGUGCUGUGAUGUCGGACAAGUGACUGAAUCUCCCUGUGCCUCAGUUUCUUCUUCUGGAAAACAAGAAAGAUGACAGCUUGGUGAAGGUAGAAUGAGGCACCACAUCUAAAGCACCUAGGCAGCGCCUGGCCCGCAGUAAGUGCUUGGUAGGGUUAGCUUUUCUCAUCCAAUUCAAGGGAAUGAAUUGAAUGUAUGUGGCACAUGGACUCAGCUGGCCCCCCCACCCCCCGCACACACACACCCCUGCUACAAAGAGCUACAUCAAUUACAUUCCGACAGUGUUGGAAAUCUAGGAAUCAUCCCCUGUGUCCUUUAAGGCAUUUUAACCCUCACAUUCCUCUGCUUUGCCAAGAGUAGGAGUCUUUCCAACCUGUCUGUAAAUAAGACACCAAGUUCCCUCAAGUCCUGUGUUGAGGGAGACACGAGAAUGCCCCAAAAAUGCACCAUGAGGAUGCAAUGGCAGAUGCAUCAGACAGGGCAAUCUUGGCUGUAGCCUAGAGCAAGGAGGGCCACAGCUGAGCAUGGGCAGUCCCACAGGGCACGUCAGCAUGCUGUGACCACAGUUUCUGUCUGUUUCCCCCGAAGAGCUCAAGCUCCAUGCAGAGAAGACCACGGAUUGUUCACUGCUUUGUUCUUGAUGGCCACUACGGAGCUGGGCAGAGGAUGGAUGGACAGACAGAUGGGCACGGGUGCUCAGGGAAGCAGUCACCCUCACUCUGCUAAGGUAUGAGCCAGGCAUCCCUGGGCAGUCGAGGGCAGGGCCAAGGCCUGCAGUGGCGGGACAAGAAGCAGGCCAGCCAGCUGGGGCAGAAAGGCCUCAAAGCCAUGGGCAGACAGCAGAUAAAGGUGAAUAUCGCUCACCUGUUCUAGGCCCCAGUGAGGGCAACCCAGACCCUCUGGCUGUGGCAGAACAAGGCUGGUGCUUCUGCCUAGUUCUUGAGCCUCUGCAGCCCAAACUCAACCAAAACUCUGAGUUUUUGGAAUUCUGUGUGAUGACUACUAAGGAAAGUUGACCAAGUUGACAAGGCCCCACAUCACUGAGAGAAAGCUCUCAGCCAGCACUUCCCACCCCAAACAGAGGUACAUCAGCUGCCCCCAGGAGACCCUUGAAGGGCUGCAAGCAGCAGCAGUCAGGGGCUGAGCUGGCUGGGCUGAUUCUGGGCCACGCAGAUCCCCUCUCCCAAAGACGCGAGGAACACUGCCUCCUGGAAUCAAGCCUCCGCCCACCCGGAGCACAGCUUUCUCCUAAAGAGACUGUACAAGAGGCUAAGACAUCACCCCGCUGGAUGCAUUUGCAUGUUCAAAGAAAACAUUGGAGACGGCAGUGAGUACCCUGAAAGAGUGAGUUUCCUUGUAGAAAAAGUGGCAUUAAAUACUGCAUGAUUUCACUCAUGUGUGGAAGAUAAACAAACACAUGGAUGAAGAGAACAGAUUACUGGUUACCAGAAGGAAAGGGGGCUGAGGGAUGGGUGAAUGGGGUAAAGGGGCACAUACGUACGGUGAUGAAUAAAAAUUAGACUACUAGUAGUGAGCACGAUGCAAUCUAUACAGAAAUUGAUAAACAAUAAUGUACACCUGAAAUUACACAAUG